AUGCCGCAGUUUUUUUCCCACCUACAAAAUCUGAAAGUGUACGGUGAAGAUGUACCCAUCGUAAAAGAAGAAUGUGUCAACCAUAUUGCCAAGCGACUUAGGACUGGCUUACGAAAUGUUGUAAAAACAUGUAAAGCACAAGUGAAAACAGGCACACUAAAUGUCCUCAAGGUGACAAAUAGCUGGUGUUUCUACAAUCGUGCUCUCGCAAAAGGCGAAACUCCAGGGCCCCCAUGCAAGAAAUCUGGGUACUUGCAAUAUCACCAUUGGAAGACUUUCAAUGAAAAUAAUAAGGGCAAGAGACAAAAGAAGAGUAUUGCAGGCGAAGAAGAGACUGCUGAGUGCAAAGUACAUAAAACACCGCCGACAGCUAAAGGGUGUAUCAACUCACAAGCCGGCCUCGUGCAACAGCGCGGGGACCUGUCGACCAGAGUGAGUGGCACCGGCAGGCCGGGGGCCAAGCUACUGGCUGUCUGCGGGCAGACCACCACCGCCCGGGAGCUGCUGUGCACUGCCUACACGUAUCGGUGCGAGUCAAUCGAAAUCCGGGGAACGGACUCGAUUACUCCACUGAUCGUUGGCCCAACGACCCUCCCCCUAGAGCGACAGGAUAAAACUUGCUUCGGCCUCAGCUAUUCGGCCGUCAAUUCAUGUCGACCGUGCCACAAUCACCACGAUUGCUCCCCCAGGAACCAGCAAACCAGUCCUCGUCAAACUCACCUUCAUAGAAGAUGGCUUUGCGUCCGUGAAUUUGCCAACACGAGUGACAAGCCACGACGCGGAACCACAAUAGGAAACCCAGGUGCACCACACGGGAAACACGCACCGCGCCACCCCACUAGCCAGCGAGUGCCGCCCAGCGCCCUAACGAAGCCAGCCCGACCCAGACAACCCUACAACACCGUGGCCUCACGGCCCCCCUUAGCGACCCGAAAACAGGCACCCCGCCUACUAGCCCUUCCCAUUAACGGGCACGAACCCCUCGGAUCAACGCCGGGCCACACCAGAACAACGAAAAACAAAGCGCAAACCGGGCUCAGUGCCAUCCUGGGCAACGGCAUCAGCCGCCCCUCCCGCCCUGCGGGACCCGGCCACGCCCCGCGGCGAGCACCCCCGCGACCCCACACCCCGUCGGCCCCCCCGUGUUCCGCCCUACACGGGCCCCCUACGUGCCCUCCGUGCCCCCAACCAUCCGCCCAGAGCCACACCCCCGCCGUCUCCUCCCCCCCGUGCCGUCCGCCCUCCCCCCCCCUUUCGCUCCCGCCCGCCCGCCCGCUCGCCCCCGGGCCCCCGCACCCACCCCGCCCUCCCCCCCCCGUCUCCUUGCCCCACUCCUCCCCCGGCCGCCCCCGUUCUCCCGCGCCCCCAGGCACCAUCUUCCGUCCCCUGCCCCCCGCACCCCACCCUCCUCCCUCUUUCCCUCCGUUUUUUAGUACUUAUCCCCCCGCCUUGCCCCCUCAGUUCCCUCUUCUCUCUCCGUAUUGCACGAAACAUAGAUUAAGUAGAUAG